ACACACACACACACACACACACACACACACACACACAGGGGGAGGAGCAGAUGAAAUUGAAAGAGUUCAGUGAGUCAGUCUCACCUGACGAGAACAGGAGCAAAAACAGGAAACUGACGCAGUGUGUAGAAAGCUGUGAGCAGCGUCUGGGAGGAAGGUCAAGGGUCAGUCAGUUUCUCCAGCAGCAGAGAAGAGGGAACGACAAGAGACGACGAGGAGACAAACAUGGAGGAACAUGUUGGAGCGUCACCUCUCAGACCAGAGAAGAUGAGUGAUCUGGAGGAAGACGAGGACAGAGCAGAGUCUCCAGUGUUCAGCUGUGUGUCCAUGAAGAGUGACCGGUCCAAAGGUGAAUCUCCAUUCUUCAGUCCUGAACCUGGACCCUCACACUCUGAUGUUGGAGCUUCACCUCUCAGACCAGAGAAGAUGAGUGAUCUGGAGGAAGACGAGGACAGAGCAGAGUCUCCAGUGUUCAGCUGGUUGUCCAUGAAGAGUGACCGGUCCAAAGGUGAAUCUCCAUUCUUCAGUCCUGAACCUGGACCCUCACACUCUGAUGUUGGAGCUUCACCUCUCAGACCAGAGAAGAUGAGUGAUCUGGAGGAAGACGAGGACAGAGCAGAGUCUCCAGUGUUCAGCUGUGUGUCCAUGAAGAGUGACCGGUCCAAAGGUGAAUCUCCAUUCUUCAGUGGUGAACCUGGACCCUCACACUCUGAAGAGAAGAGGAGUCAUGUUUCUGAGGAGAAGCUGCCGUCCUGCUGUGCUUCUUGUCAGGACGUCCUGAAGGAUCCAGUCUCCACCAGCUGUGGACACUGGCUCUGCAGACGCUGCAUCACCUCAUACUGGGACCAGUCGGGUUCACCAGGAGAGUCCUCCUGUCCCCAGUGUGGACAAAGAUCCAGAACAGGACCUGGAGCUCAGACAGCAGCAGAUGGUGGUCUGCAGCAGGUUCUAGAUGAACAUAAGAUCAGUCUGAGGAGGAGAUGUGAACGUGUGACUGAAGGAAGUGAUGACAGAGGAAGUGAAACCUUCCUCAACAGGAUCUUCACUGAGCUCUACAUCACAGAGGGACAGAGUGAAGAGGUCAAUACCCAACAUGAGGUGAGGCAGCUGGAGACGACUUCCAAGAAGAAGACCGUCCAUGAAACUCCCAUCAAGUGCCACGACAUCUUUAAAGUCGGACCCGACCAGCAGAGACGCAUCAGAGUCGUCCUGACGAACGGCGUCGCUGGCGUUGGAAAAACCUUCUCGGUGCAGAAGUUCACUCUGGACUGGGCCGAGGGUUUGGAAAACCAAGACGUCAGUCUGCUGAUUCUGCUUUCGUUCAGGGAGCUGAACCUGAUCAGAGACCAGCAGCACAGUCUUCUCACGCUGCUCCACGUUUUCCAUCCAUCAUUACAGAAGGUCACAGAGGAGAAGCUCGCUGUCUGUAGACUGUUGUUCAUCUUUGAUGGCCUGGAUGAAAGCCGACUUUCUCUGGAUUUCAACCACAGGGAGGUUGUGUCUGGUGUCACACAGAGCUCAUCAGUCAACGAGCUGCUGACGAACCUCAUCCAGGGGAAUCUGCUUCCCUACGCUCUCGUCUGGAUAACCUCCCGACCUGCGGCGGCCAAUCAGAUCCCUCUUACUUGCGUUGACAGGGUGACAGAGGUACGAGGCUUCACCGACGCCCAGAAGGAGGAGUACUUCAGGAGAAGGUUCAGUGAUGAAGAGCUGUCCAGCAGAAUCAUCUCACACGUGAAGACGUCCAGGAGCCUCCACAUCAUGUGUCAAAUCCCAGUCUUCUGCUGGAUCAGUGCUACAGUUCUGGAGCACAUGUUGACCACAGACCAGAGAGAAGAGCUGCCCAAGACCCUGACUGACCUGUACUCACACUUCCUGCUGGUUCAGACACAGAGGAAGAAGAACAAGUAUCAUGAAGGACGUGAGACGAGGCCACAGGAGCUGAUGGAGGCCGACAGGAAAAUUCUCCUGAAGCUGGGGAGGCUGGCGUUUGAACAUCUGCAGACAGGAAACAUCAUGUUCUACCAAGAAGACCUGGAGCGCUGUGGUCUUGACGUCACAGAGGCCUCGGUGUACUCCGGAGUUUGUACUGAGAUCUUCAGAAGAGAGAGUGUGAUCCUCCAGAAAACCGUCUACUGCUUUGUUCAUCUGAGCGUUCAGGAGUUUCUGGCUGCAGUCUACAUGUUCCACUGUGUCACCAACAGAAACACAAAAGUAGUCAACGACUUCCUGGGAACAAAAUGGAACAACGCACAACAUGACUCUUUUCUGGAGUACAUCCUGGGAAGCACCAUGGAGAAAUCCCUUGAAAGUCAAAAUGGCCACCUGGAUCUGUUUGUUCGCUUCCUUCACGGCCUCUCUCUGGAGUCCAACCAGAGACUCUUAAGAGGCCUGAUGGGUCGGACAGAGAACCAUCCAACGAUCAUCCAGAGACUCUUAAGAGGCCUGAUGGGUCAGAGAGAGAACGAUCCAGAAAUCAUCCAGAGAGUCAUCGACAACCUGAAGGAGAUGAACAGUGAUGAAAUCUCUCCUGACAGAAGCAUCAACAUCUUCCACUGUCUGAUGGAGAUGAACGACCUCUCAGUACAUCAGGAGAUCCAAGAGUUCCUGAAGUCAGAGAACAGAUCAGAGAAGGAACUCUCUGAGAUCCACUGCUCUGCUCUGGCCUACAUGCUGCAGAUGUCAGAGGAGGUUCUGGAUGAGUUGGACCUGGAGGAGUACAACACAUCAGAGGAGGGACGACGUAGACUGAUCCCAGCUGUGAGGAACUGCAGAACGGCUCGAUUUAUUCGCUGUGAACUCUCAGAGACUCACUGUGAAGUCGUGGCCUCAGCUCUGAAGUCCGACCCCUCCCACCUGACAGAACUGGACCUGAGUGACAACUUCUCCCUGCAGGAUUCAGGAGUGAAGGUUCUGUCUGCUGGACUGGAGAGUCCACAUUGUCGACUGGAGACUCUGAGGUUGGAGAGGUGCAGGUUGUCAGAGAUCAGCUGUUCUUCUCUGGCCUCAGCUCUGAAGUCCAACCCCUCCCACCUGAGACAACUGGACCUGAGUGGAAACAAGCUGCAGGAUUCAGGAGUGAAGGAGCUGUGUGGUUUUCUGGAGAGUCCACACUGUCGACUGGAGACUCUGAGGUUGAUGAGCUGCAGGUUGUCAGAGAUCAGCUGUUCUUCUCUGGCCUCAGCUCUGAAGUCCAACCCCUCCCACCUGAGACUACUGGACCUGAGGGGAAACAGGCUGCAGGAUUCAGGAGUGAAGAAGCUGCGUGAUCUUGUCCAGAGAGUCGUGUGUUGAGUCUGGAUCCAGUGAGAUCGGACCGAUGAAGAAGAUGAAGAUGAUGAAGAGGAGAGCCCGACGUCCAGGCCGCCAUCUUCCCUGAGACUCCUCCCCUCCACCUGUGACCAGACGCUCUUCUGGUUUGCUGAUUGGAGGAGUUCUGGGAAGGCUCCGACAUUCGUCUUGAUGGUUUUGAACGUGUGGCCGUUCUGAAACCAGCAGAUUAUUACUGUUCACUUCUUUGUGUUGGGGCUCUAUCAUGUGGAAGGAUGGAGUAUUGCAGGUGUGUUCCCUGUUAUAAUGUAAAAGGUCUUGGAGGUUGAUGUCAGAGUGACUGGAUGUAAAGACGAGUUCAAGUACGUUGGGAUCAAAAUAAUGAAUUUCUUUACACUUGUUUUUGAUAUAUUCAUAUAAUAGUAAUUAAUGUUGGAGAGUUUCACUUCUUUGGGUCAUUUAAAUAAAACCACCUACGGAUGAAACAGGAACUGUUUCUUAUGAGUUGUGAACUGUGAACCACUGGUUUUAUCUUUUACCAACUAAGUCUCUCUUCACAACUGUUUUUUGUGUUAAAGCAUUUGAACAGCAACAAUGUGUUUUUUAUAGAUGGUUAAUGGACUGUAUUUAUAUAUCUCUUUUUUAGUCUUAUAGACCACUCACAAGUCACAUUCAUCCAAUCACAGUCAUACUGCUGUUUACUGCACUUUUUCUUUCACAUUCAUACACUGCCGGCAUUUGUGCUUGUGUUUAAUGUAGCUGCAUCUAGAGCUGCAACAGUUAAUCGAUUAGUAAUCGAUAACUAAAUUAAUCGCCAACUAAUUUGAUAAUCGGUUCAAGUAGUUUUUCUGAAAAAGAAAAAGUCAAACUUCUCUGAUUUCAGCUUCUUAAAUGUGAAUAUUUUCUGGUUUCUUUGCUCCUCUGUGACAGUAAACUUAAUAUAUCUUAUUAUAACAAUACCAAAACAAAACAUCAUCUCAGGGUGAAGUGGCGUAUAAUGACCAUACACAACAAAAGUACAGUACUGCUGUAAAUGUAUUUGUAGCACAGUUUCAAAUGAUACUACAGGGAACUAAUAAUUGGAAUUGGAUGAAAAUGCUGUAUCCUCGCUGGCACUCUGUGAUAUUCCAUAAGAAAGGUCUCAGAUUAGAUAAUCUGGGGCCAACUUUUGUCAUUAGACAAGAAAGUGGCCUGUUGGUUGAGGUCGGACGACAGCAUGCUGUACAGGAAGUGAUCAAGUGAGGGCAGUGUUUGUCUACAGUGCACGUACAGUAAGGUCCAUCACAGUGCAUUCAUGACUCCCAUCUAUUCAUGUAGCUGUCAUUCAGCUCUCAGCUUCAAUAAAGACAAAAACAAAUCAGA